AUGGGCAAAACGGUUUUUUUCGGAGAUGCUUUUCAAAUUCCAGACAACUAUCUCUUUCGUACUUUCAAGCGCAAAGAUAAACAAGUUCGUUUGUAUACACAUACAUACCACCGAAGCGCGAGAAAAAGGAGACAAAACGACGCGGAAAACAUGCGCGGAAGGACACAAAGCAACAGCAGCGGCUCGAGCGCAUCAGCUGCGUCUGCAUCAGGGCAAAUACAAGCACGUUGUAGGAGACACUUUAUCUUUGAUCGAGAUUGGUAUCCAGACGUACCACUGGUCAUCCAGGCCAACCAAUUAAUUAUCGGGCGCCUUUCCGAAGGAUAUAAACUGCCAGAGCUCCUAGAGGAGUCGGCUCAGAACGAGGCUGGCUGCAUUCCAGGGACGAUGGCAGCGUACUUCCACCACGCAAUCACAUUAGAGCUGGCUUGUCUGAUGGCCAACGACGCGGUCCAGGUAGCCAUUGUAAAAGGCAUAAGGAUCUGA